ACCCGUGAUAAACACGCCAAAUCGUGGAAAAAAGACACGUGUUUGGUAUGUCCCAGUGUCAUUUUAACGCAAUUUUUUUCCAUUUAACUUUUGAAAAACUGUUGAAAGUGAAUUUUACGAGUAUCUUCAGUGCUGCGGAAUGAUUUUGUGCGGUGAAAAUUCGGCGGAAGUAGCGAAAAUCGACGAUCAAAUCGUAAAAACUGAAAUUACCGGACCAGGGCCUGGGAGCUAUGGCGGCCGACAGGGGUGAUAUUUUCGCCCCGUGAGGUUUUCCCGUUUCAAAGGAUUCAGAUGUCCCGGUGGAAAGCGAAACUGCCAAUCAUGGACUGUUCGCCGCUGCUGCUGCUAAUCGCCCUCUUCUUUGUUUUCCUGCCUUCAGCAAACUCGGCGCGACAGCUUGGCUCGUGCAAAUUCCCAAGCAGAUGGGAAGGCACUUGGUUUCAGUCCGGCGUGCGCCAGCCCAUCGUCAUCGAGGGCGACAGGGCCAGUUUCAAAGGCCGCUGUAUCGCGUCCGAGGGCGACAAGUUCCUCAUGGUUGACGACAAGGGCAUCUGCUUUCGAUGCGUCGUUAUCCACGAGAAGCACCACAAUGUACUACAGUACAAAGAGACAUACUGCCAUUCUAAAGAGGCGCUGCCGAAUUUGUGUUCGCUGAUCACGGGCGACGCCCUUCUGUACUCGAUGUUCCGCGUCGAGGCGAGUCCAGUUCAGUGUCCAUUCCGCGGGCCCUUCACCUUCUCGUACAACCGCGGGCACGGCGAGUGUCGAAGCCCGCCUUCCAGCGUCGACUCUUGCACCGAAGACUCGCGCCUGCUGCUGCGGUACCAGGCGUGUCCCGACGUCUCCGGCACCGAGUCCACUGUUGAGGAGUUGCAGUGUCUGGCGACGUGGAAGGAGGGCAGUUCGCGGUAUUUGGUCGGCUUAGUGCAUCACAGCCACGCGACAUCCAACGAAGACCGUUACAGGUGUUUUGUGUACGAAAAAGCCACAGAGCAGUCGCCGGACGAGACCGUCGACUACUGGGUGGCUCAGUCAGGUGAUGCCACUUGCAACGGCCUCUUCACGCCGAUGGAAGGAUCGCGCACCAUGAUCCUCAGAAAAGCUCCAUCGCCCAACAAAUGCAAGUUUCCGAACUGGAUCACCAUGUUUCCUCACUGGCACACGCUCGACUACAGACGCUCGUACCAAUUCCACCAUCGCAACACGACGCUGAAAAUCGCAAACGCGUCCGACGGCGGCGAGAUGCGCGUCGUUUGCAGCGAGGACCGCCACGUGACGGCCGAGGUCGCGCACAUCGUGACCCACGUCACCUCCGGCUGCCAAAGUGGAUACGUGUGCAUGAUGUUCUACAGGAGAGACGCUCACGUAAUUGAAUUACAAACAGGAUUGUUUUCGCGGAGACCCGAAGAAGCGUGCCACUCGCACCACUUUGACAAAAACACUCUGCCUUAUGUGACGCUAGUCACUUCAAGUCCCGAGUCUCGUGACUGUCCGUACUCCGGCCGCUUCAGCGUGCUGGGUUUGAGCCAGGAAGAACGACGGUCGAGCGCCAACAGCGCGGCGCAAACCUCCCAGGCCGUGGACAACGCGGCGUCCAUGAUUCCGGGCGGCUGCUCACCUGAGUUCACCAGCCUGCGCGUCGGCUGCACCAACGUGGAUACGAUGGAGUUCCGCUCCGAGUGCACACGGACGGACACAAUAUCAGCGUACUCGUGUCACGGCGGGUGGGAGGACAACGGGACACACUUUCUGAUCACGACGCCGUUGAGCCGGACGUCGCACGGCGCCCGACGCCUCUGCUUCAUUUACCGCGAGAGCGCCCUCGGCGUCCACUUCUCCAGCAGCGCCGUCUCCUGUCAAAGGGACAUCAGCCCAGGCGUCGGCGGCAUCUUGGCCUUCAACGUCACCAGUUCAGGCAAUUGUAUGGAGGAAAACAGCAGCGCUGGUAUUUCACCCUCAAGGGUCACACUUUCUUCGGCCUUUGUUCUUCUCAUCUCCUUGUCUGGAAUUUUCAACAGGUGACUCUAGGAUUUGCAUCGACAUCCUUUGUUGCUGUGAGUGACUAACGUUCUGAGCUAGAUGAAAAUAGUGAACAAGAGAGAGAGACUAACUAACUUACUGUUGACGAAGAAGGAGUUUCGAGGGAGCUGCUGUUGAAAAAUAGAGUGCUUGGAAUAUUUCUCGUGAUCUGUGAUAUCGUCCCGCGGACAUAAUUAUGAGUGCAGGAGAGGAACUAACUCGACCGCCGCUGAAUGUGCAGAGCAAAUUAAAAAAUUAGCAGAGGGGGCGGCAACUCGAAAUGGGAUAAACUAACUAAACAAUUGAGACAUUACACUGAAGACUGUGUUAUUAUAAUCAAUCAUUAUGGAAAAGCAAUAGAAAAACACGUGAGAGCGCAUGAGAAAAAAUCUGAAAAGUUGUUACUGUUCAAAAAAAAAGUACUGUUUGUCUCCUUUAAAAAAGUAUAUAUAUUAAAAAACGCCGCAAUUUCCGUUUAUACUCACACACAAACACACACCAGAAAAAUCAAAAGAAUCAUGACAAAAAAAAUAUAUGCUUUUUGGUAAUAAUCUGUACUAAAGAUAAGUCGGUGGAUGGAACAUUUAGACGAGGACAGAGAGAAUCCUUAAUUUGAUGUGGUGCCUUUUGGACUUUUGAUGCUGAUUGUUUAGUUACAAAUUGCAUAGAAGCAAAGGAGCUGCAUUUUUGAAAUUUUAUAAUUUUAUUUUUAAAUGCACAUCCUAUUCAAGAAGAGGCAAUAAUUUUUAUGGCUGACAGGCAAAAACAUAGGAGGGUAUUUAUUUAUUUUGAUUAAAUUAAAAAAAAAAAGUGAGUUUAUUGUAUUGAAAGGUGCACAUGCAGAUUCACCGCCUUCUAUAGACCUGGAAUUGGCCUACAAUCCUGUUAAAUGUACCAAAACUUCAUUCUCCAAAAUUCAAGUGAAAAACUGCAGAUUGGAUUUUGUGUCUCUCUUGGCUGUCGGUUUGAAUGCCUGUGCUACUGUAUGUAAAUAAAAAUGAACCUGAA